AUGGCCUCCAAUCCCCGCCACUUGGUAGCAAGAUCUCGCUUCGUGUGCCGGAGCUGUACACAGCGUGCUGCAUCCAGAAACAGGAGGCAUUUCGCCACAGCUGCCGCGUCCAAUCCUGACAUCUACGAUGUCGUCUGCGUGGGAGGCGGGCCGGCUGGCCUGAGUCUUCUCGCCGCCCUUCGCUCGAAUCCUACCACUUCACGCCUUCGCGUCGCUCUUGUCGAAGCCCAGGACCUGUCGAAGACACGCAACUGGACUCUUCCCGCCGACCGAUUCUCGAACCGUUGCAGUUCUCUCACGCCUACCUCUGCGCAAUAUCUCAACUCGAUAGGUGCAUGGAGCCACAUGAAGCGCGAGCGCAUUCAGGCGUAUCAGGAGAUGCAGGUCUGGGACGGUGUCACUGACGCGCGCAUCGAGUUCGACUGGACCCCGGACUCCGUCACAUCUGGCGGCAAGACGAUUGCCUACAUGUGCGAGAACCUCAAUCUCACUUCAGGUCUCCUUAAGCGGUUGGAAGAGCUCGGUGGUGUCUCUGUCUUUGAUGCCGCCAAAGUGCAGGAGAUCACUCUAGGAGAGGAGACCGAGCAGCUGGAUCUCAGCCAAUGGCCCGUAGUCCACCUUGAGGGUGGCAAACAGUUGCAUGCGAGACUUCUCGUUGGCGCUGACGGCGCAAACAGCCCUGUCCGCUCUUUCGCGGACAUCAAGAGCCGCGGCUGGGACUACGAGAGGCACGGUGUCGUUGCGACGCUGGAGAUGGAAGGUGAUGGCUGGGGCGGCGACUACAACAAGACGGCGUAUCAACGCUUCCUACCGACUGGCCCCGUGGCCAUGCUCCCUCUGCCAGGCAAAUACUCGACCCUCGUCUGGUCGACGACGCCGGCCAACGCCGCGCUGCUGAAGAGCCUGGCUCCGAGGGACUUUAUCGCGCUGGUUAAUGCGGCUUUCCGACUGAGCCCUGUGGAUGUCAAAUUCAUGCAUACUACGUCAUCCGGUCAAGACGAGGAGCUGCAGUGGAGGCUGAAUCACACGCCCGUCGAUGUUGCGGCCAUCCCCCAAACUGCAGUCGGCGUGCAAGAGGGCACGAUUGCAUCCUUCCCGCUGAAGCUCCGCCACGCAGACACCUACAUCGGGGAGCGCGUGGCCCUCAUCGGUGAUGCUGCGCACACGAUCCACCCUCUUGCUGGACAAGGGCUCAACUCGGGCCAGGGCGACGUCCAGAGCCUCGCCAAGACCAUCGAGUACGCCGUUGCCCACGGCCAGGACAUCGGCUCGUCCCUGUCGCUUGAGACGUACAAUUCGGAGCGGUACGCUGCGAAUCAUGUCCUUCUCGGUGUUUGCGACAAGCUGCACAAGUUGUACUCUGUCGAGAGCGGGCCGCUGGUGCACCUCCGCUCUCUAGGCCUGAACGCUGUAAACGCUGUGGGCCCUCUCAAAAAGUUCAUCAUGGAUCAGGCGGCGGGCAGUGGAGCUAGGUUUAUCUAG